CCGCACACACCGAUCGACAUCGCGCCGUUUUUAUCUGCCUCACCAGCUCCAGUUUCCCCCCGUCAAGUGCCGCCAUUUUUUUCUGAGGCAGGAUGACAGCAGAGAGGCAGCGCGGACGAAGACGGAUACAAGACUGAAAACCCCUCGAAUUAACUCGGUUUUCGACCAGACACGGUCUAUUUUUUCACAGCGGACUCUCGUGGAACUCAUUUAUUUACGUAUUGCGUAUAUUCGCGUUUUGAGAAACAAACCGAGCGCUGAAUCGUAGUACUAUUUUGUUUCCCUUAUGGCGUAGGCACAUUUUUACCCAAUAUAUCGUUUUUAUUUCAGGAUGGGAGGGGGUCCUCCUACGUGAACGCGAAAUCCCAAAAUUAUUAUUUCUCUCGUUGUUAACUUUACAUCAUGACAAAGCGUGGAGUCGAAAGCGUAUGUGAAGAAAAAACGACUCCUGCCUGCGCUUAACUAGCUCGACCAGAAACCUACAGGAAUAACCAGAUCAGGUCAACCUGCUUCGCCACGGCUUGUGAAACUUUAUUUUACAAAAAUAAAGGAAGGAAAACUUUCUCAUCUAAGGUGAAGAUCCGAAACAACACAUUUCAAAGAUGACGGCCAAUAUUCCAGCUGAAAUGAUCAACUUGAGGCUCAUCUUGGUGAGUGGAAAAACAAAAGAGUUCCUGUUUUCUCCGAACGACUCCGCGGCAGACAUCGCCAAGCACGUGUACGACAACUGGCCAAUGGAUUGGGAGGAGGAACAGGUGAGCAGUCCAAACAUCUUGCGUCUGAUCUACCAGGGCCGAUUUCUACAUGGCAAUGUGACACUAGGAGCUUUGAAACUGCCUCACGGAAAAACCACAGUGAUGCAUUUAGUUGCCAGAGAGACGCUGCCCGAGCCAAAUUCCCAAGGUCAAAGGAACCGUGAGAAGACCGGAGAGAGCAACUGUUGUGUGAUCCUGUAAAUACACCCCUCCAUUCCCGAGUGAGUGCGUUCUAUUAUCCUUCGCCCAUGCUGCUGAAACGCUCAACCACAACUACUCGCACCUGACUCCUAGGAGCACCCUACCGAAGGAAAAUCACACCUGAGAGAGGUCACAACUUACUACUAGAUCUGUUCUACGCUGAUAAAAAGCAGUUUCCUGUCGAUAAUAAUGCCAAAAGAUGUCAAGAAAAUCCAUCGAAGAGAGCAGCCGAUAAUGACAUGCAUACCACACUCACGCCCCCCAUCUAACACCUCCACUCGCACCCACAACCUCAAAUAGACCUGUAAUCAAUCAAACAUGCACGCUUAGACAAAAUCUCCCAACCUUCUGCCUGUUUGCACAUGGAGGAGGAGGCCCUUGUUUCCUGUUUUUUCUUUUUUAUUAUUGCACAUAGUAGACAUUAAUGAUGCAGCAGGGGAGACGAGACUCCUCCGCCUCAUCCGACGCCCUCGAUUAUUCGUUUCCAGGCUGCGAAGGGGGAAGAUGCAUGAGAAAUAAUAAUUUACACAGGGUCUGGCGAACUUUUCACAUUUAUAAAAGCACCCUACGCUCGACUGGUUUGUCACAUGGAUCUGUCCAGGAGGCGGAGCGGCAUGUGUGAUCUACAUCUAAAACGAUAGCACACGCUCACUGGCUCUACAUCGAUGCUUCACGGUCUGGUUUUCUACAUGAUCUACUAAUCGCUAAUCUACAUGCAUAGUCUAUUGAUUUUAGAGCAGGAGAGUAUUCAUGUGCCUGAUCGACGUCAUUGGUAGAAAUGUUUAUUACGCUAUUCCAUGCAGAACUAUACGAGUUUUUCAAUUCACAUGCCAUGAUAGGGGUGAACAGUCCGACUUGAACUAGUUCCUGUCAUUUCGAGGUAAACAGAAAGUCCUUGAUUAAUUGGUCUAGGUGUGUUUGUUUAGAAUCUGAACUUUGCUGGAUGGCAGAUUUUUGGAUUUGGACUUUAGAUGGCCAUAUUGGUUUGAUUCUGUCAUUUAGGGAAAGUCUAAAUAAUGCCAUUGCACGGUUACAUUUGCGACUGUGUUUUGACUACUGACCAGCCAGUGUUGUGUCUGCCCUUUAGCUAGAUCUAAGCUGCUCAUCACGUUCGGGAAGGGCAAGAUUAAGCCCUUUAUUUUCUAAAUGUAGUGGUGUAAAUUAAUGCUUGCAUUUUGAGCCAGAAGAUAGACGUUUUUGGCUUGAUUUCUAUUUUCCCUCCCCUGUUAAACAUGAAAUUUGUUUGCACAAUACAGAAACAUGAACCGUUUUGUGUAUAUCUGUGUAUUUUUCUUCUCAUCCCUUUUUAAUAUUUUUCCAAAUGGGAAUUGUAUUGGAAGGUUACAUAUGUGUAGAGUAUAUUUAAUAUGAAUCUUAUAGAGAACAUAACUAUAGAUUGUUGAUAUAUAUUGGUGUCUAGUGUAUGAUAGUCUAAAAUAGUUAGCUCAUUAGCAUUUGGAUCAGUAAGAUGCUGACAGUGUAUUGUACUUAACAGCAGCAAACCCCUCUUAUGGCUGAUGAAUUACUGUACUGUGUUUUAUUUUGUUUUUCAAAUGUUUAUAAUUUGAUAUCUUUUCCCCUGCCCUUUUUCUUCAUAUGUGGUCUUUGCUUUAUGCUUCAUAACAUCGCACUAGGUAUGAAAAAUCUUUGUCCUUAUCAGGGUUCAAAUCUGUACAGAGCUGAAGUAAAAAAAAAUGUAAAUAAAACUAAUGCUUCUCAUUCUCUAAACUACAAAUGGAAAUACAUCUAUAAACUGAAUAAAAGCAUCCAAAAUCUUGAA